AUGGGGAUCAGUGCGAAUUUGUUUGUCAAUCAGAAAGGUACCACUACGGCGUUGAAACAGCCAAAGGAGAUAGGCUACUACUCCAGAAAUCAAACUGAGGAGUACUUAGUUAGCGACGAUAUUAACCUGAGAUAUUACUACCUACCUGAUCAAGAGAUUGAGCAUGGUAUUGAUCUUUCCGCGGGUGCAAGUAAGUUUAGGGAUGUCGCAAAAGAUUUCAAAGACCGGUGUAGUUUGAAAGGCCUGCUAGAUACUCUUAUGGAGUAUGAGAAGAAGAAGAAUAAGAAAUCCAAUGUAGAUAUUAUAACAUUUAGAGGUAUUAUGUCAAAGCUGAUCAGAGCCUCAAUGGAGCCACCAAACUUCAAUAAGGUUGAUUUGCGGAUAGUUUCCUAUGAUGGGCAAUUAUUCAUUAAGGAUGUUUCAGAUUACAAUGCCGCAACUAAUGAGAGCAAUAGCAGUGGCGUAAAUAGCAGACAGCAAGCGGGGACUUCAAGGCAGCAGAUAGAUACUUACACGGGUUACAAAUUUGAAGGUAUAGCUACCUUGGAUAAGCCAUUGCCAUAUGUUGAGAGAGAAGUCAUUGAGAAAAGACCUCGUAAAAUAUUGAAUAAUGGUGAUGAAUACAUAACGGUGGUGAGGACAGGUGUUGGGGAGUGUAAAGUUGUAUUGGGUGCUGAGAUCGACUGUAUAUUCGACUUCAAGGAAGAGGGCAAAGAUAACUUGAAACAUUACACCGAACUGAAGUGUAGUUCACAAAUAUCAACAACCAAUGAUGUAAGAAGAUUUGAAAAGAAGAUGUUCAGAGCAUGGUUACAAUGCUUUCUGGUGGGUGUGCCCAGAGUGAUUUACGGUUUCAGAGAUGAUCAGUACAUGCUCAAGACAGUUGAAGAAUUCAGCACAGAAGAGAUCCCAGUGAUUAUCAAGGCUAACAAUCCAACGUUGGGGCAAUCCUGUCUAGAUGCCAUCAAAUGGUAUGGACUGUUCACUGACUGGCUUUUAAAGAUUAUACCAAGAGAACAGAGCGGUAAUAUAAGAGCAUACCGUCUGGUGUACGAAAACAACCACUUGAGGUUGUCAGAGAUAGAGGAACAAGAUGGUGAAUACUCCAGGUAUGUGCUAGAAGAUGGCAUUUUGACACCUGAAUUUAAAGAAUGGAGGGAGUCACUAAGAGUCCCAUCUGAGGAAACCCCAAAAGCUGAUUAA